AUGUGGUUUGGGGGUUUGCAGUCUGGUUGGAAGUGUUUCUAUUUGGUGACAACUAAAUUAAAUGAGGUGGCUGUUGAUGGAAACUCAAAUGCUGCAGCAGGUACUCCUGUGAAAGCAGAAGUAUCACCAGAAGCCAAAGAUGUCAAUCCAUCAACAGACCUUCCUGCUUUGGCCUCAGAAGAAUCAAUGUCCGAGUUUAUUACUCAAGUUGCUAGUCUUGGUUUGCAGUCUGGUUGGAAGUGUUUCUAUUUGGUGACAACUAAAUUAAAUGAGGUGGCUGUUGAUGGAAACUCAAAUGCUGCAGCAGGUACUCCUGUGAAAGCAGAAGUAUCACCAGAAGCCAAAGAUGUCAAUCCAUCAACAGACCUUCCUGCUUUGGCCUCAGAAGAAUCAAUGUCCGAGUUUAUUACUCAAGUUGCUAGUCUUGUAAAGUAUCCAUGCUGGUGUUAUGAUUAUAGUCCUUUUCCAUUUUUUCUUGAAUACACGAGGUUAUAUAUUGUUCUAUCUUUCAUGCUAGUAGAUUCUAAGGAUAUUGUCGAACUCCAAACAAAACAGCUUGACUGUGAACUUUAUAUAUGUAAAAAGGAGGCGUUGCCUCCACCACCUACUCCUGCUACAAUGAUGCAAUCACACUCUCAGUGUGCUGUACGACCGUCACUCCCUACACCUUCUCCAGCACCAAUUCCAGCAUACACUCCUGCACCAACCCCAGCACGUUCUGCACCUGAAGUGAAGAAAUCAAGUUCAUCUUUUCCCCCACUUAAAUGCCCCAUGGCAGGCACAUUCUACAGAAGUCCGGCACCUGGUGAACCACCAUUAGUGAAGGCUGAUCAGUCAGGAACAAUUGUGGAGAUCCUCGUAAAAGAUGGCAAGCCUGUUAUUGUUGACGCUCCUCUGUUUUUGAUUGAACCAUAG